AUGACCACCAUGGAUGAAGAGGAUCUAAGCGAGUAUUUCCGCAUGCAAUAUGGACAGAAAUUGUUGAAACUGUUGAUGAAAUUCCCAGUAACAGAGGAGCAGUCUCCGUCUCCUUCCAUUCGACUCCUGGAGAAGAAGAAAGAAGCCAAAUUGGUGCAUCAGGCUAUGGAAGCUCAAAAGGAGGCAUUUAAAACAAGAAUGGAAUCCCUAAACAACAGGUGGGAAGAGCUUGGUACAAAAGAAGUCCAGCUGAAAGCAUACAUUAAGAAAUUUGAGCAAUUCAUACAGGAGAAUGACCAGAAACGGAUCAGAGCUCUGAAGAAAGCCAACAAGGAAAGAGAACUGAAGAAACAGCGGGUGAAGGAGCUUGCCAAGGUCAAGUUAGAGAUCGCAGCUCUCAAACAGCAGCACCAAAAGCUCUACAACAAGCUACAGCAAUACUCAAUCUUCAACAAGUAUUUGGAGAAGGUGGUGCAAGUCUCUGAGUUUGAAGAAAUCCGGGAAGUCAUUGGACGCUAUAAAACUCUAGUUGGGAUGCACCGGGAUCUCCUGCAAUCAGCCCAGGAGGGGCUGGAGUUGAUCGAACAAGCCAAGGUGCGCCUGGCCCGCUACAAAGAAGAAAAAGAUGAUGAGAUUCUGCAACACAACAAUGAGCUGGCCCGCCUGCAGCUGCGCUUUGACCAUGCCCGUAGUGAUGUCAUUGCCUGGGAGUCCCGCUGGGCUCAUAUCCAGAACACUGCUGCAAAGAAAACCCUGAUGCUGGGCACCAUCAAGAUGGCUACACUGAAUCUUUAUCAGAGUGUAAACAAGCAGAUGAAGGAAACUUUAAUGGUGCCUCUGGAGGACACUCACAGGCAGCUGGAUAUGAUCCAGCAGUUUAUCCAAGAUCUGUCAGACAUCUGGGGAGAAGUGAAGAAGAAAGAUCAAAAUCGAUCACAAAUAGGGUUUCCCAAGGACAUGUAG